AUGUUAAUACCAGCCGGCGUGCUGGGUUUGUGGUGCUGCCGCUGCGGAUUGCGGAGUCCGAGACAGAUGUUGCGCCACCAGAGCCUCCUUAAGUGCCGCUGCCGCAUGUUGUUCAAUGACCUGAAGGUCCUCCUGCUCCGGAGACCCCCCGCGCCCCCUCCGCCCUCGCCUCCCCUCCCCAUGGACAGCGGAGACCCCCGCCCGGGCGGGCCGGCGGCCAACAACAACACCCUGCCCGCGCUGCAUGGGGGGCGAGGGGGCGCCUGGAGGGCGCCGGCCGCAGGAGGGGGCGGCCCGGCCAGCCCGCCCGAGGAGGAGUGGGGCAGCCCGGCCGGCGAGCCCCCCGCGUCCGCCUUGAGCAGCGCGUCCUCGGAGGACUUCUGCAAAGAGAAGGCGGAGGACAGGUACUCGCUGGACAGCGGCAUGAGGACCCCGCUCUGCAGGAUCUGCUUCCAGGGGCCCGAACAGGGGGAGUUGUUGAGCCCGUGUCGAUGUGAUGGAUCGGUGAAAUGCACGCACCAGCCUUGUCUGAUCAAAUGGAUCAGCGAGAGAGGCUGCUGGAGCUGCGAGCUGUGUUACUACAAGUAUCACGUCAUUGCCAUAAGCACAAAGAACCCUCUGCAGUGGCAGGCCAUCUCUCUGACAGUCAUUGAGAAGGUUCAGAUUGCAGCAGCCAUCUUGGGUUCCCUCUUCCUCAUCGCCAGUAUCUCGUGGCUCAUCUGGUCGACCUUCAGUCCUUCCGCCAAAUGGCAGCGCCAGGACCUGCUCUUCCAGAUCUGCUAUGGAAUGUAUGGCUUCAUGGACAUUGUCUGUAUAGGUCUAAUAAUACACGAAGGGCCAUCGGUUUACCGGAUUUUCAAACGGUGGCAGGCGGUAAAUCAGCAGUGGAAAGUGCUGAACUAUGACAAAACAAAAGACAUGGAGGACCAAAAAACAGGGACCAGGACAAACCUCCGAACCUCCUCCCAAACCAACCAUUCGUCCUCCACCGGUGGUAGAGCCAGCAACUCCGCUCCAGCCGACAACGGGGUCCGGGGCACUAGCCACGCCACCGGCACCCUGUCUGACCACCACUGUGCUUACACCAUCUUGCAUAUACUCAGCCAGCUCAGGCCUCACGAACAGAGAAGCCAGUCUAGCACUAACAGAGAGCUCGUCAUGAGGGUCACAACAGUCUGAGUGAUGGAAUUCAGGAGGCCUUAACGCGAAGUGAAGGAGACAAAGAACUCAAGAGCGGAGAAGCAUGGUGUGCCUUUAAUUUUUUGGGUAGCUGCACAAGGCGUAUAAGCAGCGCUUGGCCAAGUGAGGAAGAAGAAGGUGGAGGCAGAGCUGCACACACAUGCUAAAGAGGUUAACGUUUUCCAGCCAGUCAAUAUUAUUUAAAAAAAAAACAACAAAACAAGUGCAAUACGGACUAACAACUGACUAGGUGGAGGUUGGUGGAAGCAGGGGAACAGCCGGUAUUAGCAUGUCUUACAAGUUCUAUUAGCUGGGAUGGGUAAUGUUCUGCAAACACACACACACACACCCCACACGCACACACACACACAGUGUGGGAUGGUUACAAACAGAAGGGGAAUGACGGAAGCAACGUAUUUGGAGGAGUUUUCAGAUUGUGUUAAGCAGGGAUCUGAGUCAUCGCUUUGUUUCAUAAAUCUUUCCGGCGCCAUGGAUUACUCGC